AUGGCUUCAGUGUUAGAAAAGUAUGAAAUUUGUGCCAAAAUUCCUGAUAUUAUUAAACAAGAAAUCAAAAUAUUUCACGUUUUCGACGACACGAGCGGUAAAAACACAGUGUUUGUGACAACCGAUGAUCGGGUCUAUGGGUUGGGCACUAAUACUGACGGAGUGUUGGGUUUGGGACACAACCGACCCAUACAUACACCCGAAGAAAUACUGGGAUUAAGUUCACAUAAAAUACACCACUUUUACAAUGGAUGUGAUUAUGUAUUGGCUGUGAAUAGCGAUCGCAACCGUGUGUUCAGUUGGGGCCGCAAUGUGUGCGGACAACUGGGUAGGGAUGUGCUGACCAACGGCACUGACCAUCACGAACCGGGUGAAAUCACCACGCUCGCAUCACCUGACUUUACCAUAUGUCAACUGAGUUGCGGCAAACGAUCAACACUAGCCCUGAUCAGUGAUAGCCGAGUAUUUCAUUGGGGUUUAGACGCCACACAAAACUCGCGCAUUGAUAAACCUAUGGAUAAUUUUACGCUAAAACCGACGCAAAUCGCGUUUCCCAUAGGAAUAACAUUGGCUACCAUUGUGUGCGCUAAUAAUAAAAUGUUUGCCAUAGACAGCGAUGGACAGGCGUUUAUGUGGGGCCAGCCCGCGAUGCUGGGCCCCGGUGAAUUGUCUACAUUAAAUCACAUUAAGUUCAAUGAAGAGUUUAAACACCUGGCUGAUCUUGGCGCUGGCUAUUUUGGCACAGUAUUUAAGGCACUUAAUCCUAAUGAUCAGCAGAUAUACGCGAUUAAAAGACAAUUAGUGGAAAGUGUGGAGUAUUUGCACAAAAAUAAUAUCAUUCACAGAGACCUCAAACCCGAUAACGUAUUGAUUCAGUCCAUCGAUAAGCAAACCAAACGAUGCCUUAAAUUAUGUGACUUUGGUUUGUCUAAAGAGAUGGACAAAUACACCGAUGCCUUCAAAAUGACUGAUUUAGACAUUCAAUUCCAGGCACCGGAGGUGAGCACCGGGUGCUAUGACCACAAAAUAGAUGUCUAUAGUCUGGCAAUGAUUGGAGCAGUAAUUUUUGGUUUUGAUCAUGAUGAUAUCAGGGACGGAGAAAAUACGCUGCCAUUUAUCGCCAUUGACUACAUUAUAUCGAGACAUAUGUUGUGGGAUGUGUUACAGUGUGUACAUUAUGUGUAUGAGUCGGGUAUCAAAAUGUGGCGCAAAGCCCUCGACCCGAGACACAUGCACGUGGAUCGGCAGGCCGUGAAUGGACAAUGGUUAAAAUUGUAUCCGGGUGCGCCCGAUUAUUUAGACUAUAUUAAGUGCGAGUACGUGCCCGUUGGGGGCGCUAUUAUUGCUGACAUUGGUCAAUUGGCGCACACCUUUUUGUUAAUCUCUACCACAAAAUUGACAGCAGUUUACUUCAGUUAUCCCAAUGUCUAUAGCGUUAACGUAAAGCCGAGCAAUGUGCGGCCACCAGUGGUCACACUCUCGCCGUUCGGUCGGUGCCAGACGUUUCUCACAGACAUAUCAAUGGCAGACAAUAUAAGCGCACAAUCAAUGGAUAACCAACGUAUUGAUGGCCCGGAAGUGAUUGUAUUUAAAGAGAUCCGUAGAUUAGAUGGCUUUAUAAAUCGGUUAAAUAGUUUGAGAAAACGUUUUAUUAUCCAUUCGCCGAAAGAGUUGCCAAAACUGACGGACAGUUGGUUUGAAUACAAAGAUUUUGCGAUAAUUGACACCAAUUUAAACACUCUGUCCGUUAAACUAAUGCCGUAUGAGUUGAGACGACUGCCGGCGCCGUACGAUAGCGGACGACCCGAUGAGUCCGGCGGUGGAUGUCGUGUUCGGUCCGCCGGAGACACGCAAUACGAUUGUCUGCAGCGAUGCUAUCCGGCGAUACUUGGCUACCAAUUAUACGAAGUGUCGGUCGACUAUUUUGCAUACAAAACGGUUACCACAAUUGACGUAUUGGACAACUCAAUGGACCCGCACUUACCGUACAUAACACUUGUAUAUCGUGGAGAUAUAUAUGGGAACGUUAAACGCCACGAGUGUAUACCUGCGCCUGAAUGUCGGCCAAACACUACCGAUUGUUCGCUGUUUAGCUAUCGUAAUAUCGACGCGUGCGGUCACACCCGGGUAGAGAUGGGCGAGCAGUGGCCGGGCGUUGAUAUUCAAUCGUUGAGACGACUCAUGACAUACUUACAUUUGGACAAUCGUUUAACAUUAGUUACCAUACUAUUUGAUAAGCAACCUAUCGGUCAGCGCACUUAUCGACGCCACCCGAACGGUGGCCAACAGUUUGCGGCGAUUCGUCGCCCGACUGAAGUGGUCGGCCAUGAGUUGAUCAAUGCGUUGCUUCACUACCAAUCGGUGGCCGAUUUUGGUCGCCUUUUGUACGCCGAGAACCUGUUCCCGGACUACGCCAACCAUACGCUGGCCGUCACCAAAACAAUGCGCCGACUGUUGCCCUCUCCGUACGGCCGGUGCAGUGAUUACGGCUCAGACCCGUCGACCGGUGCCGAAGGGGACGGCAGUGGACAACCGUUUCGCGCGAUCUCUCACUACCAUUAUUAUUGCUCGCGUGUUGUCAACCAUAACAAGGAUUACAUAAAGAAACAGUGGUUUAGACGCGACGGACAGGAGGACUGGUAUUCAUCUGAACGACUGGUUUGGGACUCAACUCAACCCAUGUAUGUCUAUAAAGAUGAGCCCAUUAUGUCAUUCCCGGCGUACAUGUCAUACAUCGGCGGACUCUUUGGCCUCUGGUUUGGCACUAAUGGCCAGCAAUUGAUUGUCGCCGUAAUUGACAGCCGAUUAUGGCUUUGGUUGAGGCAAUCAUUUGUCGACCGCUUUUCCCGUCAUAACAGAAUUCAAACCAUUAAUACUAUUUCACUGCGAUUUCAUCAGUAA